AUGGGAACCCCCUUGUCCUCCGCUUUGUCCAGCCUCAGCGAUAGUGACAGCGAUACCGAAGCUCCGAAGGAUAAUGUCACCAGCAACGACAUAAACAACCAAGCCAACAAUGUAGAAGAGAUAGAAUGGCUGGCUACGACCCGAGAGCGGCGCUCGACUGCCGGGAACCGAAUGAAGUCGAUGCUCGCCAAUGAGGAGCCUGAUUCAGACCUCGAGCUGCUUUUCGCCGAAGACGAGAACGACCAGGGCUUCUCCGACCCCGAAGUAAAUGGUUCAGAUGUUCAGAUGGAUUCUUCAGACGAUGAAGAUGAUAACAACAAUAACGACGAUGAUCUCGAGGGCGAGAAGGAGUUGGAGAAGCAGGCCAAGGAGCGUCGCGCCGCUCAACGCAAGCGAAAGGCUCAAGAAGCGAUCCCCGCCAAGUUCCGCAAGAAAGUCCGCAUCGAUCCAACAACGAGGACUCCAUCUGCACUCACAAGACCCGAACCGCGACCUAAGAAGAAAUCCGAGCGCACUUCAUGGCUGCCCUCGGUCGCCGAUCUACCGACUCGAGCCUCCUCCCGUCAAACGACUCGACUUUCCAAGGAGCAACUGCAUCAGCAAAUGGUGGAGCGGGAGGCACGUCGAAUCAAACAGCUUGCGCAGAUGCAGAAGAAGGCUGCUAAGUUGGAGGCGAUGAAGAAGCCACCCAUGACACAGGAGGAGCGAUUACGGGAGGCGGGCAUUGUCGAAAAGCGUAACAGCAAGAGUUUGAACCGUUGGGAAGAGGCUGAGAAGCAGCGCGAGGAGGAACGCCGGGCUAAACUGGCGGCUCUUCACAACAGGACGCUAAAGGGACCUGUAAUCACAUUCUGGAGUGGCAUUGGAGAGUGGAUGGGAAGGCAUAUGGUGAUCGAGGAGCCUGCAAAGGAAAAAAGGAAGAGGGGUGAGAAGGCAAAAGGAAAGGACAAAGGCCAAGACGUGGACAAGGUUCCUACGACAGAGGAUAAGAAAGAGGAUGGGCAAGGUGAUGCGACUAUUGCAGGCGAAGCUGCUUCCAAGGCCAAGCACGAACAGCAACCAUCGCAAAGUCAACCACCGACCACAACGACAACAGACCCGGCUGUGCUAUCAGAACCCAGAGUCGCCCACGAAGUUACUCCGUCAGAAACCAACAAGGAUGGUUCAAAACCUGCAGGCACACUUUCAGUUGCUAGGAAUGGUGCUCCUCCCGCUGUUCUCAAAGCCGAGGAUGCCCGUCCUUCAACGGCAAUACCACCACCAUCCAAUCCACCGCCUACGGUUUCUAAUGGGCUGGCCGCACCAGCUCCCCCGCCUCCAAGUUCUGUCACAUCGCCAAACCCACCUUCAUCUAUCAGUGCUCCGGGUGGUCUCACAGCACCAUCUCCAUCUUCGCCUACUCCUAACCCUACCCCCACGGGCCCAGCAUCAACAACUUCCUUUAUGGCCGCUCCGCCAGGGCUGUCCCGCCCUUCGGAUUCGAAACCGUCUGGUGUGCUUGCAGCGCCUAUUCUUGCUCCUCCUCCAGGCAUUGGCAUCGACGGAGCUGCACCAUCGAUGAUGGGCUUUGGUAACCCCAAAUCUAACGUCCUCGCGCCCCCGAAUACUUCUCAAGGUGUUAUGCCCCCUACACUAUCUACUACUACCCCUCUCCAUAACACUCCAUCAGCUCCCUCUACCUCUACCUCUCAACUAGACCCUUCAACAUUGGCUAUGCCCGCUUCCUCUACGGCGAAGCUUCAGCUCGUUUCUAACCCACCUGCCCCUCCGGCCAGCUCCAUAAUUCCUGGUACUCUUGCUGUAUCCCAAGCUCUCAAUACCCAACCCCAGCCUUCAACCGGAGCCCGCAAUGCUAUCAUAUUCCAGGCCUUCGAUGACAACGCCCUGAAGGACCGCACCGUUCAAACACAAAUCAUUUUUGGCCGCAAAAUGAGCAGGCUAUCCAAACCUUCUCCUGCGCCUCUUUGCGUAAUCACAAACCAUCCUGCUCGAUAUCGUGAUCCACGCACUGGUCUCCCUUACUACAAUGCCUACGCGUACCGCGAGAUACAACGCCUUACUCGUGGCGAGUAUCGGUGGAGUCACAUCAUCGGUGCUUGGGUCGGCAGCGGCACAUUUGCUGCGAGGGGCGUCCCCGAGCGCUUCCUGAACCCAGAUAAGAAGGGCCCAGAGAAAAAGGCUAUACCCAGCGAACCUGACAAUGGUAAAGAAGCUAAUAAGCCCCCGGAGCAAAUCCAUGGAUCAAAACCAGAGAUCUCUGGUGACUCAACUCACAGUGAAAAACCAGCGGGGGCGAAACCAGGAUUCCUUGCAACGCCAAAGUCCGAAUCAAACAAAGCGGCACAGCCCAAUGUAGUUCCGCCAGUAGUCGUCGAGCCUACAAAUACCGCAAAUACAGUGGUAAUGGCUCCGGUUUCUACGCCUACUCCAGAGCCUAAGUCCCAAGCUGCGGCGGAUCUUGUGCCAACUACAACAGGAAAUCCCACUACACAAAUACAACCAACCCAGUAG